UAUUUAAAAGAUUGAUUUCAGAUUAACGAUGGCCGGGUCCCUGGUCUGUUACACAGUAGAGUCGGGGUCGGAUUCAGAUGAUGAGAUGGAUAUUAAACCUGAACUAGAAACUGUUCAACAUACUCCAACUGAAGUCGUGAACACUAUUCUUGUUGAACUCCUGGAUUCUGUUUUUACAGGAACCAGAGACUUCUCCGAUAUGUACAUUAAGGAGGAACCCAUCGACCCGGAUGAUAUCAAGGAGGAGUUUGAUCAGGACUACAGAGACGGAAUCAAGGUUGAGAUUGACUCCGAUGACUGUGAGUCUGACUCCGAUGAUUCCUCUGACUGCAGUUCAGUAAUAGCAGAGGUUCCCGAUAUAAAACAAGAAGUCGUAAAAGAAGGCCCGCCGAGAACAAAGAAUGAGCUAAGACUGUGUGAUCUACCUCCUGUAGAGGAUCUAGAGGUUCAGGUUCCAGAAUCCGAAGUGAAGAAGAUGGGACGGAUAUCCAGCUGGGUGGAGGAACUGGUUGUCAUUGAAUCCUGUUCUGGAAUCCCUGCUAUCGAUGUAGAUUCUGUCCUUUUCCUUGACAACGGACAAAGAGCUCUUGGAAGAGUUUUCGAUGUUUUUGGUCCGGUUUCUCAACCUUACUACUCCGUCAGGUUCAACUCUGAUAAACAUAUCCAGGAGAAGGGUCUGGAGCGGGGUAUGGAUGUAUUCUAUGCUCCGAAGUCUGAAUACACUUCCUUUAUAUUCCUGGAGCAGUUGAUGCGUCUAAAGAUUAGUGACGCGUCCUGGAAGGAUGAUGAGGAACCACCUCCACAGUUCCUAGACUACUCGGACGACGAGGAGGAGAGGAAAGCAAAGCAGACCAGGGCCAUAGAGAAAAUGGUGGAGAGUGGAGCUACAGAGGAAGAGGUUCAGAGGAAAAAAGCUAAAUUCUCUGGCGCAGCAGCUAGAAGUAGAGGCAGGGGCAGAGGUGCCCCAAACCAACCUAGAUACCAGGAGAAUGCACAGGAUGGAAACUUGAGUUAUAACAGUCAGAGACACGAUAACGGACUUUACGAUCGAACCAUGAAUCCCUUUUAUAGACAAGGUAGAAAUUUUAACCCCCAAGAUAUGGGUCCGAUUAGAUGGAACAGCUAUAGACCUGGAGGAAACCAGGAACCCGGAUAUGGAAACCAGGAACCCGGUUAUGGAAACCAGGAACCCGGAUAUAGACAGGACGGAUAUUCAAGCAAUGCAGGGUAUUAUUCCCGAUCUCGUCCUUCAGGCUCAGAUCACAGUCAAUCCCAGUAUUACGAAUCCGAUCCAGGAUACUCACAUCGCGGACCCAACUACAACCAGUCUCAACAAAUUUAUAAUCAAUCUCAUUACCAGGGUUGGUCUAACCCUCCGCCUCCUCCACCAUACUAAUAUUCAUUUUUUAUUGCAGAAAAA